UGGGAUUUGUUGUGAUUGUCAAACAAAGUUUCAAUCAAAACGGGGGCGAACAAGUGAAACAAAACAGGCUCCUGACAACUUAAACAACAAGGUUUCAAAACAAACACGCGCUGAAUAAGGGUUCAAAUAAAGCUCAAAAUAAUUCUGUACAGUCUUUCUUUCGUUUGUUCAAAAAUACGCACUGUGAAUGCGUAGGUGCGGUGCGUCGCGGUUGAGAAUCUGUUUCUCCACUAGUGGCGUCGAGCCACGCACAGCUGAUGCUUGAUUAAUAGAAAAUCAUGGUGCCAUUUCUCAGGUGGCCAAAGGGGGCGACAUUUCACCAAAAUAUAAACUAAACUGAGAAUGGCUCCAACACACAAAAUGCGAAACUUUAGAAAAUUCGACCGUGAUCCGAAAAAAUAAAUGCCGCAAUAUCGCAGGACGGGAAACGUCGCUGAUGUGAACGCUUGUAUUGACAGGAUAUGGGUUUUAAAAAAAAAAACAUUGACAUCCGAAAUAAUCGCAUGAAAAAAAACGCUCCCGGUGUGAAAGGACCUUAAUAGCCGUCUAUUGCUCAGCGGGGUGCUGUCAAUAAUCUUAAUUGCUUAAAGAUGCAGCCAUGGAAACUACAUUCAGAUCUUUCAGUCCAACUGAUAAUUAAUGAACAUAAAGAAAAGAUUACGAGUCAAAGAGUCGGAGGAUAAUAGCACUUCAGUAUCCAACCAUUUACCAUUUUUACAAAAGGGUUUUUGUGUGUGGAAACAGUGUAUUUCUCAAUGAGAUAAAAGGAGAAAAAAAAAGUAUUUUAGGGUUUGGUAACCUUUCCUGUUACUGUCAGUGACUCAACAGAGGUCCUAUGGUGAAAAGAGUAAAGCAGAGACCUGAGGCAAGGAAAGAAACAGAGUGAGUGAUUCAGUGAAAGUGAAUGGGCCUGACUCCCCUACCAACCCAUCACUGAAGAGGGGGAGAGGUUGAACAGAAGAAGAAAAAAAAAAGGAAAAGGACUGAGAGAAGGGAAAUGACUGGCGACUGUGUGGGAAGAGAGAGAGAGAGAGAGAGAGAGAGAGAGAGAGAGAGAGGGAGGAGGGGCCUAAAAAGUAUGAACUUGUGUAUGAUUGAGCUGCAGGAAGCAUUAAGAGGAGAAAGACUGCAAACAGGGCGCCGUACGCUCACUCUUUACGCCUUUGCAGAGGACGAGUGGCCUUAUGGGUCCUCAAGAGGGACUUUUUUCCACCGGGUCACACUUUUUCUCCGGCGCUCCUUCACUCCUCUAACUUUGUCUUGUGAAUAAAAUCCGAAGCACUCAGCUUGAACCCGGGCUGUUUUUUCCUCUUCCCCCUACUGUGCGUAAUUUCUCUCCUGGAUCGAAAAAAGAAAGGCGACAUCACAACAACACGCGGACGAGGGAUCAAGACAAGAAAUUGAAGAGUGUGGGGAAACAUGAAAACCGUCUUGGAUAUCUGCUUGGUUUUCCUCAUGCUCAACACCCCCGGCGUGCUGUCCCUGUCCACACGUAAGUUUCACACAGAUGUCCAAAUCGAUGCGCAAAAAGUCUGAUCCCUACUGUGGGGAAGGGUUCGGGUUUGAGUUCGGGGUUUGCUUCUGGUCAAGCAGGUCCAGAUUAACCAGGUGUCAUUUGAGGAUAUUUCCGUAAACAGCACUGUGACACUGUGUUAGUCUUGUAUGCAUAUACUUAGACUGAUUUUUUUCAAUAUUACAACACAUUUAAGCAGGUUAAAAGUCAAUGCAACCUAAAUUUACCUAAACUAGAAACCUUUACAAGACCAUUAAAGGGAUAUGAGUGAUAUCAGAUAGUAAUAAAAAGCUAGUUUUAGGAGGAUUAGUAAAGGCAGACAUCAUAGAAAUACUCUCAAGAACCAUUAAGUGUUGUGAUAUGGAUGAAAACACAAUUUUAAGAGGGUUUCACAAACAUCAAAGACAAACUGAAAGAAUUAUAGUGAUGCUAAAAUAAACAAUAAUACAAAUUUUGAAGUAUUAUAUAAUAGAUGAACUAGAAAGCCUUUACAUGCCUGCUAAAAUAAUAUUAGUGCUUAAACACCAGAAACAAACAUCACAAAAAGUGCAUUUAAAAUAUCUCAUAGAGGACAGGAACGCUACAAAGAACACAAGAAAGACUAAGGGCCUUUAAUUUGACUAUUAAAGGAUAAAAAUAGUGUUUAUGUGUCAGUACAAAUACUUAAAUAUUGGGGCUCAAACAAGGUUAUUAGAGUGAGAUGAUUUAUGAACUGGUUGCUGUUUUGUCAGUCCAAAUCAAGCACAGGACUGUAAAUGGCUAUAAUGAAAAUAUUUAAGUGAUCUAAAAGUUUUUUGGGGCUCUUGGCUAAAAAGAAAAACACCUACAAUCAAAUAUUAACUAAAUAUAAUGCAAAAUCAGAGGAGAUAAGUAAUUAGAAAUGAUUAACUGCUUCGUUUAUAGUUAAAAUAAUGGAUGAAAAUAUUCCUAAACCCUGCAGAGAGAAGCAAAGAGAACAGGGUUUCUGAAAGAGGUCAAAAGCAGCGUAAUAUAACCCGAAUCUCAACUUACAAUUCACAGAGAUCUGGAACUGUGCUGAAAUAUGUUCAAAUGCAAGAUGUCCCCACAGACUCUUCCCACAUUUCCUUACAUAAUAUGGACUAACUUGCUCGUUGGAUACUGGACACACCGAAGAAGUACAAAUGCCACUUUGUCCACCUGACACCUCUUGUUAUUGAUGCUCUUCUGCUGAAGUAUAGCUGUUGUAUCCCUGCAGAGAAAACCCAUCUCCCAGGAGGCUGAAUUUCAACAAGUCGGGCCAUAAUUCGUUUAACACAUGGAGGGCGAGGGGCGGGGAGGGGGGGGCUUUACGGACCGCAACAAAACAGUGACAUCACUUGCUCGGGUUUUGGAGAAUGUUAACCGGCAGCUUAAUGCACAGUAACAUAAAUAAAUCAAAGUUAUGUGCGCUUCCCUGUUUAAGUGGCCCGGAUUAGUUUUUAUGGCGAGCUCGCUGGCAGAGAGCAGCUCCUCUGAAAGGAUCCUCUGUUAUUCAUCCUGUUUGAAAGGCACUAAUAAAAGAAAGUGUAGUUUCAGGGGCUUAGAGGAGACAAUGGGCUGUGAUCCCGAGCUGCCCUGCUGUUUAUUACAGGGCCUAAUUGGUCGUUACUGUUUUAUUCGCUGUAAUAAUGAAGGGUGCUUCCCCUGCUCUCUCUGUGUUUUGUGGUUUGCAGAUGCCACUAAAUUAAAACACUGUAAAUGUGGAAUUCUCCUGCUAACAUGUAAUUAGUUUUUAGUGCAACUCAUAAUUUUGAGUUUAUUUAUCCUUUCAGUGCAUAAAAGAGAUGAUAAUGCUGCAUGUAAGUGUUUUACUCUUUACUGCAAAAAAAUCUCAGUAUUGAACUCAAAAUUGCAUCCGUCAAACACGUUAAAUGUAAACCAAGAUCAGAAAACUUACAAACAUGGAUCUCCCGACUGCAUGGCUCAUUGUCGCUAAAUGUUGCGUGACUUCUUCUACUGGCCUCUCAAAACGUUCCACAUGCACGUCUAUUGUGGAGCAGACAGAGCAAAGCAUGAGUUGUCUUUAAACUCCUGCAUGGAUGAGCGAAGGAUAAAUAACUCUUUUCAGAAACAGGAGGGGGAUGUCGCGCAGCUUUUUGACGACUGACGGUGUUAAAGAAAAGUGUUUUGAGUCCACCCUCAGCUCCAUCUUCUAUUAUCAGAGCUGUGCUACAAGCAGCCUCUCCAAACAAAUAACAUUUACAAGCCAUUUCCUCCAGUGAGCGUGUCAAGUAGAGACAAUAAACAGCGGUAAUUUUGUCUUUCACUGUAGCGUUUGAACUGUUAAAUUCAGGGUGUUAGGGGGGCGUCACAGUCCUCCACAAGUCCCCCCUCAAAUACAUAAACACUGCUUGUUAUUCAGCUGGAUCAGCAGCACAUUACAAGCUAAUCACAGCCCGACAUAUCCGGUAACAAAGAAAGCUGCCCUCUGUGCGUGUGUUGCAUGUGUUUGUUUGGGUUCAUGUGCGAGCAUGAAGUGUCGUGUCAGAGUUAUGAUAUGAAAAUCAAUGAGGAGGUGCUGCUGGAUGAACUUCUUCAAAAGGCAGCUCCUCCAUGUGAGUGUGAGAAGGAUGGCAGCUGAAAAGAUGCGGCCCCCGGGCGAGGAUUUGCAGUGGUCUGACAGAGUGUUUUUAUGCCCUUUUCUGCGCAGACGUAAUCUAACCGGAGUGUUUUUAUUAGGUAGACAUCAUUACUUCAAACCUCUGCUCUCUUAAAGUCAUCUUUUCUGUUUACUGUCAUAAUAUUUUCCGAGCAAAAAAAAAAGGUCUUCUUCAGUCACUCCUUGUUUGUUAUUGAGAACAAAUGUUUUUUUCCAGUAGAGACCUGUAAAUAAAUUACACAACAACACAACGAGACAUGUUAGUUACACAUAGCUGUCAUCACCCUCGGAAACAAGAAGGGACAACAUUCACAGAUAUAGUUUUUUUUAAGUUUCGCUGCAGGACUUUCUAUUUUACAGAAGUCUGUAAUGAUAAAAAGUGACAAGUUAGAAAAUAAUAAGUAAAGCUGCUGGAAUAAAAAUCACAAAAAUGAAAAUUGAGAAUUUUUAAGAAGCUCUAAGAGAUAAAUUUGAAUUUCCACCAAAAGUGAACCUGAAGACACAUCUUUAAGUAGUUUACAGAAUAAUAUCUGUUUAAAUAUCUUAAGUAUUCUUUCUGUUUUUAUUGUUUUUCUCCUGAAUUAGAUUUUCCAAGAGCAUUUUCAAUCUUAAAUGCAACAUAAUUAAAUGCAAAAUGCUUAGAAAGAGGUAAAAAGUGACAUGUCAAGUCCUAAAAAGUUUCUAUGUUUUAGUUUAGCACAGCCAUACAGCUCUGGGAUGAGCAAAGUUGAUUUAAAAAUCACUCAUUAAGCAGUUGAGACGGCUCCUACAGUUCCCAUAAUGCACCUGUAAGAGCAUCUCUUCGUAGAAUCUUGAAAAAGCAGAUUUGUAAAGUCACUCCUCUUCUCUUCUGUUUCUUUCAGAUGUUGCUCUAAUCUACCCUCAGGACCCCGUCCUCCGCAUGGGGUCCAACUUGACCGCUAGCUGCUGGGUCCACCCCGACCUCGGCGUCCACGCCAGCUCUCUGUUCUGGACGCUAAACGGCCAGCAGCUGCCCAGCUCCCUGUACAGAGUCCUGAGCCCGACCAACCUGAGCGUGACUCUGGCGGGACUGAACGCCUCCAGGCAGACAUCCGGAGACAACCUGGUCUGUCACAACCACAAGGGACACAUCCUGGCUGGAUCCUGCCUCUACGUGGGGAGUGAGUAUAGCUUCAUCAGGGUUAUAUGAUUCUUCACCUUGAUUUUAUUUAUGUAGAGACGAUUUUGUUUGAAAUGGAGAGAAAAGAAGGGUCUGUUAAGGAGUCAAAAGUUUGAGGGAAGGGGGGAAAGGACAAGAAAGCGAGAACAACAAGGAAGUAAAGGGCAGAUUUUUAGUGUCCUAACACAGUCCGGCUGUAUUUUAUGUUUAGUAUCCCUGCCUCCAGGCGAGUUAGAGGCCUCCUGUGUGGUCCAUUACUCGCACUAUCACUCAUAGGGCAUGGGUCACUUUAGACAGACACAUGUUUGCACUUCUGUACUUAUGAGGACCACCAUUUACAGGAUCUGUCAUUUACAAUAAAACGUAUAUUUCUGUUUUUCAAAUGAACUCUCGCGGGUAAAGUCGUAUUUUAACUGUUGUAACUCCAAAUUUAGUAAAUCCUCAAAAUCGUACCUAUCCAAUGAGCUUCGUGCAAAUCCGGAGAGAGUAUUUACAUCAGAUUCUCUUGGUUAAAGCCAAACCAAGUGGUCUGACCUGAAGCUUUUGGACCCGAGUUGUGAUAAAUUGAGAUUGUUUUGUAACCCAAACGACACACUUUGCCGUCUUUGUUUUUCUUUCCCCGCCGGUCGAAUCCACAAUAAGAGAUUUCGAAGACUAUAAAAGGUGUCGAGUUGAAAAAUGUUCAAAAACUUUCAGAGGCAAAAACGUUGACCAUAAAGAGAAACACGUGUUGUUGUUAUCUCAUGCAGACACAAUCUUAGAGAGAGAUGUAAGUGAGAUCCUGAUCUCUGGGCGACGCUGGUGUGUGGAGCACCUUGUGUUCUGAAAGACGGGGAAUGUUGGCAGGGAUCCUCAGAGCGAACACAUACACACACACACACACACACACACACACACACACUCAAACUGAUACACCAAUUAAGAAAAAAACAGGCCAUUUUCUGAGGAACAUCACCAGUGGGUAAAUUACACUCAGGAGGAUGGGGCUGGAGUAAUGGCAGCAGGUGACUUAGUAACCCUCCGUACCUUUUUCUUCCACCUCUUCACGUUGUUCUACCUUUUUUUACGUUUACCCAUGUCUCUCACCCUUCUUUCCAAUCCCUCUUUGGUCCCCCAUUUUACCGUCUGCUCCUCUUUGUGUCCCAGUGCCUCCGGAGAAGCCUGUGAAUCUGACCUGCUGGUCCAGGAACACCAAAGACCUGACUUGCAGCUGGGCUCCGGGAGGAAGAGGAGAGACAAACAUUAGUACCCAGUACAGACUCAAGUACAAACUCAGGUAUACACACACACACACACACACACACACACACACACACACACACACACACACACACACACACACACACACACACACACACACACACAUAUACUCCUGCUACUGUGAAUUCAGUUUUUCUCCUCACUAUAACAUCUUAAAGUAAACUCUUGAUGGAGUUACAGACCUGAACUUUUGGACAUGAAUGAUCUUACUUGCACAACACCCCUCAAUCAAAUUCGAACCUUUCAUUAACCAUUACCCACCAAAUAUCGGAUGUCGAAGAGACGGGCAGAUCAAGUCAGUAUUGGGUCAGUCCGUCAACGACCACAUCUAGACGUCAGUGCAACGUGCAAAAUAGGUUAGAAAUUUAGACGUUAGAAUUGGACAUUUUUUAGACGUUGCUCUGAAGACCAAAUCUAGAUGUCGGCAAAACAUGCAAAAUGGAUCCAAGAUUUAGACUUCAUUAUUGGACCUCUUUUAGACGUACUCAUCGUUGACAAAAUACGUUAAUAGAUGUCAUUCAGAUGUCGCAUUGCGCAGUGGGUACUGCCUUUGAUCAACACUGACUUCUAAUAAAAUCAUGAAAUCAAUUAGAAAUGCCGGUGAAGUGUUUUUAGUUCAAUAACUUCCACAGAGCUAAACUUUUAUUACAUCCCCUGCUGAGGGACUCAGACCUUGCUUCCUGUAUAAGUCUGGCUAAACUUUAAUAAGCCGACAGCAGAGCUAGUGAAAAAAAAGGAAGUUAGAGGCGACUCAAAAAGAAAGUAAAAAGGUCAGAGCUUUGUUACAGAAUCUGUUGUGCAAAAGUGGCUAAAAAGUACAAACGGAUCAGCUGCUUGGCACUGCCCUCCUUUCAUUACUGUCGCUCGGCCUUCUUGCUGCAUGUUUGCAUUUUCAUGACGUAUAGCGGCGCAUUAACCUCCUAAAAUGCUUUAUUAUUUUACAAAAAUGGUUCCCUGGUGACCUUUCAGACCACCUCAUUAUCAACCAAAGCUCAUAUAAGCUUUAUGGGUAAAAUAGUCCAGGACCCGAGGUCAACAGUUUAGCGGCGCUACAACACAGCAUGAUGAGAAACACUUCUGUUACAGACACUUGGCUUACUUUGUUUAAGUGUUUACCUGUCCAGCAGAAAGGUUACAGGGUCCGUAAGAUCUCGAAGCGUCUCCCAAAUGCUUUAUUUUUUUUUUUUUUUUUUUUUUUUUUUUUAAUACUUUAUUUUCAGUUUUAAACUUUACAAAACUGUACGAGACAAACAACGGUAAAGAAACAAUCAAAAACAAUCAAAAGGGCUGCCAGACAAUUGUAGUUUUACAUGAAUUUUCAGAAAAAAGAAACAGUUGCAUCAGUUGAACCAAGUACCAUCAUAUGAAAGAUUAAGUCAGGUAUCACACCUGACACUGAGCCAAGAAGGGUCCCCAAGUUCUCUCAAAUCUGUUCGGGUUGUUGGGUUUGUGCAAGCGCAGUCUUUCCAUUUGAAUAGUCGACAACAUCUCGUUGAGCCAGUGAGCAAAGGUGGGAGGAGUGCUAGACUUCCAAGUUAAGAGAAUAAUCUUCUUGGCCACCACCAUCCCUAGGUUCAGGGCAACUUGAGUGUCAUGCGGAAAAUCAGAAGUCUCAGUCGAGCAUCCAAGGAUGGCCAGGACAUGGUUAGGCUGAAUGGCUCUGGAGUAAGCUUUGGACAGAUGUUCAAAUAUAGCUGACCAAUAGUUGUGCAACUCAGGACAUGACCAGAAAAGAUGCGCUAGUGAGCCCUCAGCAAUAUGACACUUAUCACAUGCAGGGGACACGGAUGGGAAAAUACGAUUUAGUUUUGUUUUGGAGUAGUGCAAUCUGUGCAACACCUUGUACUGAAUUAACCUGUAACGUGAGUUAAUAGAACAACAAUGGACUUGGGACAUUGCAUGCUCCCAAAGUUCUGCUGAUAUUUCAGAGUUCAAGUCCCUGGACCACGCUUCCCUGAUAAAAUCAGAGGAAACUGACUUAGUAAAUGAAUCCACAAAUUUCGAUAUUAACCGUUUGGAUUCUGGAGGGAGCUGGAGGGUCUCAAGGAAGGGAUGGGUGGUGGGGGUGGAAUUGAGAUGUGGCCAAUUCUCCUUAACAUAGUGUCUGACUUGGAGGUAACGAAAAAAGUGAGAAUUCGGAAGAUUAAAUUUUUUGCUUAGCUGAGCAAAUGAUGCCAGUUGACCGUUGAUGUACAGAUCUGAAAAUGUUUUAACACCCUUCUCCCUCCAGAGCGCAAACACUCCGUCCAACCGGGCAGGCAGGAAAGAAUGAUUUUGACAUAUGGGUGCGUGUACGGAGACACUGGGAACCCGGCACGCUGCUUUUAUUUGCUUCAAAAUGCGUAAAGAAUUUUUCACGGUGAAGUUAUGUUUAAGUAGUUUCACUACUGGGGCGGGGUCAGAAAACAAAAGUGCAGGAAGUGAUGACAUGUCAACCGCGGAGGCUUCCAACUGUAACCACAAAGGGUUCUCCUCUGGUUUAACACUUCCACCCUUCCAGUAAGAAAGGGCCCUGGAGUUGGCUGCCCAGUAGUAAUGUUUAAAAACAGGCAGUCCCAGACCACCAUUCCUGGAAGGUUUUUGAAGGUGAGCCUUAGAUAUCCUGUGUGAUUUAUAACCCCACACAAAGGGCAAUACGAUAGAGUCAAGCUUCUUAAAAAACGAUGCAUUUAAGAAUAUAGGCAAGUUCUGGAAGAGGUAUAAAAACCUGGGUAGGCUCACCAUUUUGAUUGCGUUUACUCGGCCGAUCAUAGAUAGGGGCAGUAUUCUCCAGGACUCAAUAUUUGUUUUAAGUUUUUCUAUGGAUUCUGUAAAAUUAAAUUUGAAGAGAUGCCCAGGACUUUUCGUCAGUUUAAGUCCUAAGUAGGUGAAAUAUUCCUUUGUCACUUUAAAAGGCAGUUUUGUCAAAAAAUCAUCCGUGAGUUGGUCUGUUAAGGGCAUGAACUCACUCUUCCCCCAGUUUAUAGUAUAGCCAGAGAUGCUCCCAAAGUCAUUUAUGUAUUCUAGUAAGACAGGAAUGGAAACCAUGGGGUCAGCUAAACAGACAAGGAGGUCGUCUGCGUACAGAGUCACGCAGGUCUCAGUACCGCCUGAUCUAAUACCUUUAAUAUAUGGAUGUCCUCUAAUACCAAUGGCCAACGGCUCCAACGCUAUAUUGAAGAGCAGGGGGGACAAUGGGUCUCCCUGACGGACGCCGCGUUGCAGGGUGAAAGAACCUGAUCUGUCCCCAUUCGUUAGAAUGGAAGAUUUCGGAUUGCUGUAUAAUAUCUUGACCCACUCUAUGAAAGUGUCGCCGAAUCCAAAUUUUUUAAGUGUUGCAAAUAGAUAGGGCCAUUCUAUCAUGUCGAAUGCCUUGCGAGCGUCUAAGGACAGUAAAGCUGCUCUAUCAUCUUUGCUAUAAUCUGCAUAAAUUAUAUUAAGGAUUUUGCGAACAUUACAGAAGGAGUACCUGCCUGGGAUAAAUCCUGUUUGGUCAGGGUGAAUAAUACUUGCUACAUUCUUCCCGAGCCGGUUCGCUAGAACUUUUGUAAUUAUUUUCAAAUCGUAAUUUAGCAGGGCAAUAGGCCUGUAGCUGCCCGGGUCUGUUUCAUCCUUGUCUUUCCCAAAUGCUUUAUUGACGUUGACCCGGCUUUUUACCUCUUGUUAGGUCUACCUUCAUUUUUAACCGCCCAUUAUUCCACCAGAGUCUCCGUUAUUUACUUUUUUUUCUUGUUUGUGUUGGCAGUCGUGGCCAAAGGAGGAUUCAGACAAUUUUCCGUACUUCCUGGUUGGUUUCUACUGUUCGAUAAUGUUGCACGCUAACUUUGUUUGGGCUCGUAAACGUUAUUGGAGGACGUGGAACAUGCCUCACAACCAAUCGGCACUAAGGAGCAGCAUCCGCCUCACAACCAAUCAGGUUGGGGGAGGCAAAGAACGGCUUUGUUUACAGUCAGAAAGAGCGGGCUGCUCCAAAAAUUUUAAAUUUUGACUACUGUCAGACUGAUGUCAGACAAAGGUUAAAACAGUUUUGUCAGCUAAAAUGACAGCUGUCAAUCUAAGAGUCGUUCCAGGUUUAGCUGAAAGCAACGUCACCCUGGAGAAUCAGCUCCGACUUCUUAAGUUUUUGGUUAAGGGUUAAGGUCUGAGGGACUAUCAUCCACUGGUAUGUUGGAAGCCGUUAGCCAGCCAUGCUAAUAACACAGUAGAGCUGACAGACAAGCUGAUGAAUCAAAUCCUCUGACUUUUGAUCGUGUAUUUUGUUUUUUUAGGAUUGGCAUACAUGAAGAAACCACAUGUCAGACUUUGUAAAAACUCCAAAACCACCCCUACCACAGCCCCGUGGAUGAUACUGUAGAAACUGUUUUGCUAAACUGAUGUUCCAGAGAGGUUAGCCAGAGGUCAGCUGAUUAUAUUUUUGAACCCUCUCGCUUAUCCUGAUCACAACUGGAAGAGACGCACAACUAUUAGGAUGUAGAUUAAGGUACCACCAUGUAAAUCAACCUUGGGGAUCACGUGUCUCAUAAUGGUCUUCACUCAAAAUAUCAAAAUAUUUCAAAAGAUGUUUCAUGGUACUGUCACGCCUCAAAAAAGUAACAAAAUAAAUUUGAAUCUGAGCUGGAAAGAGGACAAAUAUUUUAUCUCUUUGGCAGACCUUCACCUUAAAAUAGUCGGCGCAGCGGUUGCCGCAGGGCGAAAGCACUUUAUCUACUGGAAAGCCAAAUUUUAUUGGAAUUAGGGAGACGGGUUUUUCAUCUGGGAACAAAACAUUUUUGAAAAUGACUUUCAGAUGGGUUGUAAGCACUAUUCACAUAUUUUAAUAAUUGAAUCAGGGAUUUUAAAAACACCAAAAGGGGAAAUGACUUGACAUGCAGUGCCCAGAGGUUGCCAACUGUAUGGAAAUUUCUUACGGCAGUCAGCCUAAAUUUAAGUAAUGACUAAAUAAAACCACUCGUGCCAGAUGAAGUCUUAACUAGAAACACAUUAUGCAAUAAAUUCUUUAUCACAUGAAUUAUUCAAGGAUUACUGUUUUCUGUUUCCCACCAGAUGGUACGGCAAGGAGAAGGAGUGUGAGGAUUACACUCAUACGCAGCCGUACUCCUGCAGCAUCACCCGGGACCUGCACCUCUUCACACCCUACGAGAUCUGGGUGGAGGCCUCCAACCAGCUUGGGCAAGCGACCUCUGAUGUCAUCACCCUGGACAUCCUAGACGUGGGUGAGUGUGGGAAGAAGUGAACUUUGACACUCGUUUUUUUUUUCAAAGCUCUGUUUGUUCGGGCUUAGAUCCUGGUGUCGAUGAAGCCUCGGGCUGCAGGAUGGGAUGAUUGAUGGCAGCCUUUUUUAGACGUGCAAGGUAUUAAAACAAAGCAUACAACAUCAAUCUAAUGGAGAGAUAGAGAGAUUAUGUCACACCCCGAGAAAGAAAAACUGGACUCCUUAUGUAUUUGGUUGAGUUUUAUACUUAGAAAUAUGACAACUUUAACAAAACACUUGAAAUCAGAGUUUUGAUUUGAACUUUGUCACUUAAGUGACUUUUACUGGAAUAUGAUCACAAAUAGAGACAGACUCCCCUGAGACUUUUGGUUGCAAAGUUCCCCAUCGAUUGACAAACUAAAAAUAAACUGCAGUUGACAAUUACACUCCCAAAGCAACGUGAGGAAGAAGAAUAAGCAAACAAGAGUGAUAGAAAACAAAGGAAGGUAUAAGAGAUAAGUACACCUUUAAAUGAUUUAAGCCCAAAUGAGAAACUAAGUAAAAUACUUAUUUAAACAAUCGGUAACCUGUUCUUUUUCGGUACACUUAUUACCAGGUAAUUACCUGGUAAUUACCUAGUAACAACAUGAAAUUAUCUGGUAAUUACAUGAUAACUACUACGUCAAUACUGUCUAGCUACCAGGUAGGUAACCUUCUGGUAUUGCUCUGGUAUUUCCAGGAUUUUCUCCGCUUCCUGGAACCACCACUUGCGCAGUAGCAUUGUACGCAUUCGGCGGGUGAGUCGCUGUGAUAAUGCUCGGCUCAAACAGCGUAUCGCUACGCAAUCUUCGCACGCCCAUGGGCUGUAUCAAGUGUCAAUCAUAGAAAUUAAGAACCUCAAAUAAAUUUUUAAAAAUGGAGCUGCACAGAAAAAAGAAAAACUAGACAGUAUUGACUUAGUAGUUAUCAUGUAAUUACCAGACAAUUUCAUGUUGUUACUAGGUAAUUACCUGUUGAUUACCUGGUAAUAAGUGUACCGUAAAAGAAAGGGUUACCAAACAAUCAAUCUGUCAGCUGGAAGAAAUCUUUUUAUAGACACUUUAAAGAUAUUUUAAUAUUUUGUUGAUUUUCUGCGAUGAAUAGAGUAUUUCCCAUGAGCCCCAUCGCUUACAUUAAAGUGUGUCUCUGAAUGUAAUACAGAUUUAUUUAUUUUUUAAUGGAUCAAUAUUGUUAUAAAAGAUUAUUUUUCUGACUUCUCAUCGCCAAACUCUACCAGCAGAGAUUAAAACAUAGUUUAGCCAUUAAAAUUCAUUAUGAAAUAAUAACCAAUCUAAUGGCUGAUAAUCCCAUGUUGUUAUACAGGGAAUUAAAAUGCAUGACAAAAAAAUCAAACAACUCGAGGAAAUAUGCCUGAAUUCUUUCCAACCAAGAGAUGAAGAAGAUCGAAGCCGCUCUCAUGUCUCUGUGUUGACUUAUUAACAGCCACUCUACACAUGAAAGUAACGCUUCCAGCACCUCAUCAGUGUUUUAAUUAACAUGCUUUUACUUGUUGUCUACUAAACCGUAUAAAAACUCAAGUGUAAUGACAACAAUUUGUGGUUCACAGAGGGGGGUUUGUGCCAGAAUAUUUCUUGGCUUGGAGCUUUAAAAACAAUAAAUCUAGUUUCAUUUUCUAUCUGUAGCUUUAAAUUAUAGAUGAACAAAAGUGAGAUGUUACAAGGUUGUAUUUAAAGUCCUAAAGAUAACAAAUAUACUGUAUUUAAACAGCAGGUUGGUGUGAGGAUUUUAUUGAUUUGUCAAAAACACAAAGUGACGUAAAGGUGAAAAAGGGUAAAACUGUGAGUUUGGAGUCCUUUUAAACCCUCAGGUUAAAAAUCAUGACUUACUUUAGCCUCCUUAAAAGUUGAAUGAGAUUAUCGUUUCUCAUGCAGGUGCUCCUGCAGUGAACUCCUCAUAAGAGCUGAGCUAUGUUUCCUUUUAAAGCUUUGUUUUGCGGUUCCUCGUCUAGCUUAGCGCGGUUUAAGCAAACCGAGCGCGCACCAGAAGACGGAUGGAAUUCUCCUCUUUUCUCGCUAUCCUCUAGAGACGCACACUCACUCAUACACACAUGCACGCACACACCUGGACAGACAUAGGUGUGCGAAGAAAUGGAAACGCCCUCCCUUUUGAUGAGCUCAUUUUCUCUUUACUCAUGCUCACUGGACACACACACACACACACACACGCAGAGAAAACACUAGCUAACCCCUUUUAUGUAGCGCUGGAAUGUUCCACACUGAUCCCCGAACCUAAUCCUGUCUCUAAGCCGGCUGCAGACCCCCGAGGACAGGGGAGUCUGGGCUUUGAGGCUUUGAGACUUGGACCUGAAAUAAUAAAACAUGAUUAGCUCGGAGCUCCUCACCUGGUUGACUCCUGACACGCUCCGAACAGUGUGUGGGAAAUGUACCGAGGAAAAACCAUGUAGGUUCAGGGAGGGGGGGAAACACCAGGGGUGAGGAGACAAGCGUCCAUCAAACUCUAAUCCUUUUCUGUUCCCUAAUGUAUGCACACACACACACACACACACACACACACACACACACACACACACACACACACACACACACACACACACACACCUGUUUACACACCCUGAGGGCAGGGCAGGGCCUAGUAACCGUAUAGAAACACACAGCCGGGCAGAUCGUAGGCGGUUUCUGGACUCGUGUGUGUGCAUUUUGUUUCGCUCAGGUUGCCCUGGCCAUCUUUGAGCAGUUUCCACAACAGUGGCGGGUCAUAAAACACAGCAACCACACCUCGCGUCAGGCUGCCAUGAGUCACGUCUACGGUCAUGUCUAAUCAGUUACGAAGGCGAGGCGGAAACACCUACAGUUUUCUCUGCAUUCCUCAGUCAGGGGGGAACCCUCUGAACCAGGAGACUAGAGGCAACUUGUAUUAGUGUCUGACUGGGAGAUGAUGAUGUGAUGAGGAAUGACACGGCAUAUGUUCACCGUGAUUCAUCAGCAAUUUGUCAUGUUUCGCUGACUUUUAUUGCCGAUGCUUGUCAUGUAAAAGAAAAACACUUUGCCUAAAUCAGGAGACGAAUAACUCUGCCCCCGAUGAUAAAUGUCAUCCUCAUAUUUUUCUUUUUUGUGCUUUUACUCGGUGGGGAGAGCAGCAGCAAAGACCCUGAUUUUACACUGAUUUUAGAGGAGGGGGAAAAGAGGAAAGGAGGAGGACUUCAUCACUUAUUUAUCAUCAUUAUAAAACAACAUAUUAGUCACCCAAAUUUUACUUGAUUGAUCCCAGAUUCAAUAUUUUUUAACUUGUAAAACCUUCACACAGGCACUUGGUUCAAAUGCUUUAACCCAUUUCAACCAGGACAGCAUGUAAUAAUAAUAAUAAUAAUAAUAAUAAUAAUAAUAAUAAUAAUAAUAAUAAGAGAUUUUAUUUGUAAUGCACUUUACAAAUCUCAAAGUGCACAACAGAAAAAAAAACAAUAAAAAAAAAAAACAGUAAAAUCAAGCAACAGGGCAAAACGAUAAAAACAGUCAGCAGAUAAAAUCAGAUAAAAUUAGUCCGGGUAGGCUUUCAGAAAAAGGAAGGUUUUGAGUCCUUUUUUAAAAGCAUCCACCGACUGUGGAGCCCUGAGGUGGUCGGGGAGGCCGAUGGGGAGCAGCAGCCUCGAAGGCCCUGUCACCCAUGGUACACAUUUCUACUCGCAUUUCAGGCCAAGAGCGCAGAUAUGUCAUUUUAUAGAGACUGUAGAGUCUUUACUUUUAUUUAUACAGCUGCUUUAUUUCAUUUGAGUUUGUUUGUUCAAGGUUUUCAAUAAUGUGAUGAAGGUUAGGAAAAUUGGGGACAGUUAUCAAGAAAGCCACAUGUGUAAGCUCUCAGAUACUUUUUGAAUUUUGUUUCUAUCAGCUACAGAGGCCGAGAUAUCAGCUUUUUUGUGAACCUCAACACUUUGGGAUCUGGGGGUCCUUCUCAAAAUUGCCCUCAUGAUUUCAGAGGUGCGUCUCCGACCAGGUUCAGGUCUUAAUGGGUUAAUUUUGAUUUUUCAUUUGUAUAAUCCUGAUUAUAGCGUUUUCCUCCCCCGUCCUCGGAUCAUUUAGAAAAGUUUUUAAACUUUCAUUCUCACUUUUUCCCCUCGAUAUUGAUUACGAAUCCUCUCCUUUAAUGGCUGACUGUGCGUGCCACCAAGUCAACUUCUCUCCCCGCUGAAUCUUUCUGAUUUCCAUCUCUCCCCUGGGUCUUUAUCUUUGUUUAUUAGUCAGAGAUCACAUUAUGAAAAUCAAAUCAAGUUGACGCUGAAAUGAUCUUAAGGACCAGAAGAAAAGAAAAGAGAGUAAAAGUAAUGGUCUGUCACCAUGUGUUUGUUUGUCGAAAACAUAAUGGUUAUCAGAUGAAUCGGCCUCUUCAGCCGACUUUCAGAGGGUUCAGAGACCUACAAACCUCCGCCAACACACAACAACCCUGCUCUUACACAUUAAGACAUCACUCCUACUACUUUAAAUUGGGAUUGAGUGGAUUUCCUGACCCUGUAAACGCGACUCUGAAAUGUAGCGAGAAGCCCCUAAGCUAUGGAUUUUUGGCUUAAAACGAUAAUUUAGACCAUCUGUCCACCAGAAGUGUAUCACACAGUUCUUAGGAUAGAAAUAAACUUGUUAAUGAAUGUAAUAAAUUUAAAAAAUACCCCAGUGUGUGCCUCUAAUUCAAGAUGUUGGACUGAUUAUAACAUCAGAUCCACAUUGACAACACUUCAGGCAAUGUCAGACACGCACUGGUUGAUGUUUAAAGGAAUGACGGCCAACGUCCCGGUACUUAAAGUGAAAUCUCAGAAAUCAGAGAUAGAAAACCUUGAGUCGACAUCUUUGUUUUAUCCAUGAGCUUCAUUGUUUACAGUCUAAUUGUCCCUACACACCGGGAACGAUGCAAAUAUACAACGCGAAAUUACGAAAUGUUCGGAAGACACGUCCCUGGUAGAAGCGAGAAGACUGACACAACGCCAGACUGAGUGUUUUUCAGUUCUGAUUAGACUCUAGUGUUGAGAUUACUGUCUGUCAUGAUAGCAUGUACUGAGUCGGGGCCAGUACCAGAUAAACACAUUAAACUAUAAUCCAUAAACGUAAGGUAACAACCGAGACCUAAUGGUGCUGUGACAGCAACGCUGUGAUUGAGUUUGAGUCAGUGAAAAUACAUAUGGUAUGUUGUAUCUGAACAGGUUAGCUUACAAGCUAAAGUUACUUAGCACAGAUGAAAGUUAAAACAAAGACGUUUAGCAUACUGUUAAAGCACACAAACCAUCGCCAUAUGACAAAUCCGACGCUUUGACUCUCCACAAGUUGUCCUUCAGGUCGUUAUCUUUGUAAUGUUUGUGUCUUUUAUCAAAAAGCACUCUGUUCUCCGACACGUAAAGAAUUAGCCGGUCGGCCAUGUUGGAUAUACCGGUGAAUCUGACGUCGCAACAACACCUAAUCUGAUUGGUCAGAAGUGGACACACAGUAUGCAAAAGUUUAGAAAAAUCGACCGUGAUACGAAAAAAUAAAUGCCGCAGUAUCGCAGAACGGGAAAAUGUCGCAGAUGUGAACGCUUGUAUUGACAGGAUACAGGUUCGGAAAAAAAUAUUGACAUCCAAAAUAAUCGCACGAAAAAAACUCACCCGGUGUAAAAGGACCCUAAUAAGAGUUUAUAUCUAAGCAAGGUGAAAUUCGCCCCUCUGGAUCUGUAAUGUCAAAGAAUCGCAUUAUUUGUUGGCGUUUCCCUGUAAAUCACGUUGCGCUCUGCCUGCUUUUGCUCUCCAUACAGACUGUUUUUCCUGCUGAUGCACCAAUGGUCAAAAUGGACUACAAAUGUAUCCCAAACUGAAACCAGAUAAUUUCUAUCCCCAUAGUGCAACCCUACAUGUAAUGAUGGAAUUUGUCAACAAAGAUCAUGUUUUGUAAAAUUACAUACAGCCGCUCUUUUGCAAACACUCAAAAACAAUCAAGAUGCUGUGAUCCAGAUUGUCGGAGCGUCCUGAUGUCUUUCAGCUCCUCGGUUUGGAUAUCAGACUCAGAGUUUUAAAGCUUUGGUCGACUCUAAAAUGCUUUCAUCAACCUUAUUUCAAGAAGCUCCAUGCAGCUGUUUUUAAUGAGAAGACUCAUAAACAUCUGUUUAGUAGGAGCAGUAAAGAGCAGGCAGACCGAGUGAGCGACGAGCUGCUGAACACAGCGGAGUUAAUAUAGCAGAAGACACAUGGCUCCAAAUGAACGGUGAUGUGUGAGAGUAACUAUUGUCAAAGAACAAAAUGGAAAAACAAAAACAAAACUAAAUGGAAACUUGACUCAUAGUUUGAAUUUUAUUCCCAUAUUUUAUGUGAGAAAUAAUUAUCAGAAUAGUCACUUAUUAAAGAUAUCCCCAGCUGCUGCUCUUAAACUUCAGAUGACUUUUUAAUAUCUCAUCAAAGCAGAGUUGAUUUUGGGGUUUUCAGACUUUAUCAGUGAUUUUUUUUACAAACUUAAAGCUCCUGUGGGAAUUUUUUUUUGUUUUUGUUUUUUUAACAAUUGUGAAAUAGCAAGAAAUUUAAAUUGAUGCAUUUUUAUGAUAUCUAGGAGCAACCAGGACUGUCAACAACAUGAUUGGUGAUUUAUAAUUUUGAGAGCCUGAAAUCAGUGUGAAGGAGUAGGUGAUAAUUGCAAAUAAAAACUACAUUUGAAUCAUCAGGAUGAGGUUUGUUUUUGUCAGAAGAGAGUUUAAGAAAGAUGAUUUAAAGCUCAUCAUGGAUCAGAUGUCAGCGUUUUUACCACUGGAAAAAUUAACCUUGGAAAAAUACAAUUGUGCUCAUAUCUUUCAAGAUUUUUGGACUCCAUUGUUUUCAGAAUUAGAGAAUUUCUUUAGGAGGGACCGAUGACUAUUUGUGGUUUGGUAGGUAUGCAUUUGUAUGUGCAUGUAUGUGGAUAUGUUCACAUGUGUGGCCUAUAUUUAUGCACAUUUGGAUGGAGUUCAUUAAUGUUAUUGUUGCUGCCUUUUUCUUUUUUUAACUUAUUUGUUUGUUUUUUGUUUACUUUUCUUGUUUUCUUUCUUUUUAAUGUGCUUGUCUGAUUCUGUGCUCUUUAUUUGUUGGUAUAUAGAUAUGUUUUUUUGUUUUAUUUUAUUUUCUCUUUUUCUUUCUGUUCUGCGUCCCUGAGGAGUGAUGGGGAGGGUAGGAAAUUAUGUGGUUAAAAAAACAAAGCAGACAAUUUAUUUAUUUUGGUUGUUAUAUUAAUAUGAAAUAAAAAAAAUGUAAAAGAAAAAAAAGUGAGUCCCCUGUGGACUGCUUAGUCCACAGGGGGUGCAAAAAUGAGCACAAACCAAAAGUUCCUCACAGGAGCUUUAAAGUUUGAUGGAACCACCUUUUUUUUUUAUUAAUCAGCUCAAACAAUCUUUAAAAUGUGAGAAAAAAUUUGAAGUUAUCUUUAAUUUUUUUAAGAGCCCAGAAUGAUGUUAAACAGUCUUAAAACUAAAGAUUAUUUUUAAUAGAAGAAGAGGAGGAGGACGAGUUUAUUUUGAGUAUUUCAAUGUUGGCUUCUCCUGAUACUUUCAUGAUUAAUAAUUAAUAAUGAUUAAUAAUCUUCUCCAUGUUCUGUUCCUUCAGUGACCACAGACCCUCCAUCAGGUGUGACGGUCAGCCGCGUCGGGCUGUUGGAGGACCAGCUGAGUGUUCGCUGGGAGGCCCCGCCUGCUCUCAAAGACUUCCUCUUUCAGGCCAAAUACCAGAUCCGCUACAGACUGGAAGACAGCCAAGACUGGAAGGUAAAGGACAAGGACACACAUAGUUAUGAGGACGUAAAUCUUUUCUCUUUGUCUCUCUCUCUCUCGCUCUCUCGCACACACACAUGCAGAUAUAUCAGCGCAGCACUGUCCCAGCUGUUUCUCAUCCUAAUGCUGUAAUCUGCUCUAAUCUACUCUGAUUGAGGCCUCCUCUGCCAGAUGAGUUAAUAGCUGGGCUGUUCAAAAACUUUCAUCAGUCAUAAAUCUACCAGUCAGGGUUUUGAUCAGGAGAAAAACACAGGCCGGAGCCACUGUGUAUACCUCUGCUUUAACUUUUAAUGAAUGAAAAAUACAGUGUAAAAACCUUCAGCCACGCAGAUGGAGCUUCCCAGAAUUCAUACGAGUCCUCUGGGUACGAGUGAAGAUUCUCCAGUAAUUAAGGGGGAAUUACACAGAUGUAACAUAAGCAAGUCUUUGCUCGCAACGUGGAAAAAAGAAAAGACGGGGAGUGGAGCGAGGUGGCGGAGGGAUGAGACUUAAAUCCGAGUGGCUUUAAGGGUUUGGUGGUGAAAACAAAAACGCUGUUUCCCUCUGAAGCGGCCCUAAUCAUGAGGUCAUGCUAAGGAAUGGAGGAUACAUCCCCGCUGUUAAUGUCUUCAAUAUGGCUGCAAAGACACUCAGAGAUUUGGCUUCCUCGUGUCACAUCAUUAGCCCUCUGAUGCCUGUAAUUUUCGUGCUCUGUUUUCUGUUGUAGUCCUUCUUAACAAGUGUUUACAGACCCAACGCCAGAGAGAAAGUGGAGACUAUCAGACGACAUUAUCAGCUUCGCUUUCUGUCUCGAUUCCCCCGUCUUUAUUUUCACCGUCUGUCUGAGUGUUUGGGUACCUGCGCACGCUCCUGUGUGGCUUUCUCAGCAUAUCCAGCGCUGUAAUAAGUAAUAGAGAGCAGAUUUUACCCAGCAGGCACCAUUUUCAUGAAAAUAUUUUUAUAAACAUGCUGAUCAGGAGCCACUAAACAAUGUGGUGUGCAUGCGAUGUUUAGGUCUGUACGUGGUUUGCGGUUUUGUUGAUCCUGCCCUUUGUUUUACUUUUUGCCCAUUGGUAUUUAAUACUGUGGUCGGACCUCCAGCGCUCAAAUCCUUUGUGUUUGUGUCUCCUUUUUUUCGCCUAGGUGAUGGAUGACGUAGGGAAUCAGACAUCUUGUCGACUGGCCGGACUGAGACCCGGAACCGUGUAUUUUGUCCAGGUACAUUCUCUUCCUUUGACGUGAUUCGGUCGAUGUUUGCGUAUUUCCUGGUUAUGUAUAUUCAUGUAUUUUCCUCAGGUUCGCUGCAACCCUGUGGGCAUUUACGGCUCUCGUAAAGCCGGGAUCUGGAGCGAGUGGAGCCAUCCCACCGCUGCAUCCACACCCCACAGUGGUGAGAACACACACACACACACACUCGGACUAGUUUUUCCCUUUAAGACAGUUUUAAAGGAGUAGUUUAUACCACUAAAAUCUGUUACAGAUUUUUGGCUCGCCACAGAAAAAAGCAUAAGUUUUCUCAGUGACAUCUGAAGGUUUAUAAUUUCCUGCCCUCAAAUGUAACCCAGUUGAUACGUAAUUGUUUUGAGUUCCAAAAUAAGCAUUAGUAAGAUAUUAAAUCUUUCAACUACAAUUCAAGUUGCCAUGAUGGGAUGAUUUAGAGACGGAGGAGAGGCCGAUAAAGCCUGGUAUGUGUUGCUGAUGUGUUGUCAAGGGUGGAUUACAUCAAUAAAAAAUGUAAGGUCGCUGCGAUCGACUUCUGCCUCCACUUUCAAUGAGUUAAAAAUUAUUUACAGGAGUCAAACUCGCUGCGUUUUGAAAAUAAAGCGAGAGAAAGUGCGAUUAGAAACGACCAGAACGAAUUCUUUGCUCUUAAACAAGCAGUCUGGAGUCCUUUUCUGUGUCCGUGUUUCUGUCUCCAUCAUUGAUGAGGGUGUUUUGAUUUAAGACUAUUUCUGGAGCUUUUUUUUUUAAUACCUCAAUUAAAAUGGUAUGAGGCUGGAUAGAGUGAGUAUCUGAGAGGAUACUCUGCUUCAAGGACUAUAACCCUCGUACUUAGGGGAACAUUUUUGUCUGUUUUGGAAUUUGAGUAGGGGGGUAGGACGGGGGUUCGAGCACUUAAAGGUCCUAAAGACACAAAUAAGUCAUUGAGGAUUGUAAUGAAUAUUCUUAAAUUAUAGACACAAUCUUUAAAAAAGUACUUGAAAAUUUCUGAUUUGUCCCUUUCAAAUGAUUUACUAUAACUUUCAGUACAUUGAGGAUCUAAAUGAAGUUAACUUGAGCUUUCACUGCCUCAACUUUUAUGUCUAUCUAUCUAUGUAUAAGAUACUGAUAUAAACACACAGCACACUAGCCUUUGUGUUGGACUUCUUAUCUCUUUUUUGUCCCGAACACGAGUUAUUAAAGAUUUUUUCAUCAUGUGUUUGCCGUGGGAAAUAUCUGUUUUGGUAACUUUUAUCUUAACUCUUCUCUUCUCUCUCUCUCCUUCUCUUUGCUUUUCCUCGUGCAGAGCGGUUGAUGUCGGGCUCGUGUGACUCGAAGUCGAGCGGGGACUCCAACUCCACCCUGCGCAGGGAGCUGAAGCAGUUCUUCGGCUGGGUGCGGAAACACGCCUACGGCUGCAGCAGCAUGUCCAUGAAGCUGUACGACCAGUGGAGAGUGCUGAUGCAGAAAUCCCAUAAAGCUCGCAACCAGGUAGGUAAGCAUCACUAAUGCAGAGACACACAAAAAGGACACACAAUGUAUACACACUGAGAGGAAAUCUGUUUUUACGAACGCUGAUUUGUAACAGACUUUGUUUUUUCUUAUUUAGGUUCUCCAAGGGGAUAAAUCCUAGCACAGGCUGGCUUUGCGAGCAGAAAAACAAGUCAAAGAAAGAACUGUGUGUGAUGAGUGUGUGUGUGUGUGUGUCUGUGUGUGUAUGAAAGAAGAGAUUGUUUUCUUAUGCGGGAAUUAUAAGACAUCUUUCCUUGGACAUUUGUGCAAAUGCCAGCCGUGGCUAGGAGAGGACAUCCAACAAGAACCUGUGGGAUUUUUCUUCUUUCAUGCAUCUUUUCCAGCCAACAUGAGCACUUUUUUUUUUGUCUGAAAAGGUGCAAAUGAGAAUGAUGUACUCGCCAUGGGUAUCCUGCUAGCAUUAUCGAAACAAAAAGAGACCACUCUGCUUACCAAGAGACGUUGCAGCAUGAAUAAAGACAUAUUUUCUCCAAAUGUGCGCAAAAAAAAAAGGAGUCAAACUCACUUGGAAGUGCCUCCCAAGCAUCUAAAAGUAUUCUGUGACCUUCUUUUACUUUCUCCUGUGGAUCCAAAGCACCAUCUAGUGGCCGUUCAGCAUCAAUUGACUCUCCAUUUUUGAAUCUUUUCACUGUGAUCCUUUUGUACAGAGAGAAAAGUGACAAAUUAUCACCCAGUAUUUCUAUGUCAUGCUUUUUUAAGUGAGUGGAUCAUGUGCCAAACUGGUUCAGCCAGCGCUCAUGAGUUUCUGAGUGACAGUGUGGGACUGGCAUGUUUGUGUGUUUGUGUGUGGAGACAUUUCACUGCCUUUAUUUUUGUACUGAAUUGUACCAGCAUAUUUAAAACUGUAUAAAGUUAUGUUUUAUUUCUUAAGUUAUGUUUAGUUAGUAAAGAAACACUAAUGACUGACU